AUGGCAAAUCCUCAUACAUUGGCGGCUAGUCCGAGUAAUCUCUACCUGCCUAUCGACAGCAGAAACAGGUUUAUGUGCCGGGACGCCGUUGGCGUUCUAACUAAAGCAAGAGGCCACGGGAAGAAGAAGAAAUGCGUGCUUAGAGAGGAUCUCAGUGGGUGCGGAAAGAGGGUUUCUCCGGCGGGACAGUCAUGGAGGUUGUGUGCUGCGGCAGAGCUUCGUGUUGUUCAGGAGAACUCCGGCAAAAGCAUUAGUGUGCAGAAUCAGCUGUUGUUUAUUGAAAUUCCCGUCACGUGCUACCAGAUCAUCGGUAUCCAUGAUCAAGCAGAGAAAGAUGAGAUCGUUAAGUCAGUGAUGCAUCUAAAAAAUGCAGAGAUUGAAGAGGGAUACACCAAAGAUGCUGUUAUAUCUCGCCAGGAUCUUCUAGUGGAUGUGAGAGAUAAACUUCUUUUUGAACCAGAAUAUGCUGGAAAUUUCAAAGAUAAGCAACCUCCUAAAUCUUCUCUUAAAAUUCCUUGGCCUUGGUUGCCUGGUGCUCUCUGUCUUCUUCAGGAGGUUGGAAAUGAGAAGCUUGUGUUAGAAAUUGGACGAAAAGCACUUCAACAUCCAGAAUCAAAGCCAUUUGUUCAUGAUUUGCUUUUAUCCAUGGCACUUGCAGAGUGUGCAAUUGCUAAAGUUGGCUUUGAGAAGAACAAUAUUGCUCUCGGAUUUGAAGCCCUUGCUCGUGCUCAAUGUCUUCUCCGUAGCAAAGUUUCUCUAGGGAAGAUGACACUGCUGUCACAGAUAGAAGAAUCGUUGGAAGAGCUUGCUCCAGCCUGUACUUUGGACCUUUUAGGAAUGCCUCAUACACCUGAAAAUGCUGAACGAAGACUUGGAGCCAUUGCAGCUUUGCGUGAAUUGCUGAGACAAGGCCUGGAUGUUGAAACUUCGUGUCAAGUUGAAGACUGGCCUUGCUUUCUGAAUCAAGCACUCAGAAAGCUUAUGGCUACUGAAAUAGUCGAACUCAUAUCAUGGGAUACUUUAGCUCUUACAAGGAAAAAUAGAAAGUCGCUUGAGUCGCAGAAUCAGAGGGUUGUCAUUGAUUUCAAUAGCUUCUAUGUGGUUUUGUUAGCUCAUAUUGCCCUUGGAUUUUCAAGCAAGCAAACUGAGCUGAUUACCAAGGCAAAAUCGAUCUGUGAGUGCUUAACUGCAUCAGAAGGCAUUGAUUUAAAAUUUGAGGAGGCCUUCUGUUCUUUUCUUCUCGGGCAGGGUGAUGAAGCAACAGCCACAGAAAGACUGAGGCAACUUGAAUUGGAUUCCAGUGCCAGUUCACAAAAGUCUCUCACUGUGAAGGAAUGCAGAGAAGUUUCUAGUGCUAACAAACCACUGGAAACAUGGGUGAAAGAAGCUGCCCUUGGCUUAUUCCCAGAUACCCGAGAUUGUUCCCCAUCUCUGGCGGAAUUCUUUAUUGGUGAAAAAAGAGCUUCUGGCAAGAGGCUGAAUAAAAAAGACCCACCAGCUUCAUCUAACAUGAGGGCCAGAUCAAUUGCUGGUACCAUUCCACUGGAUCAAAGAGAUGAAGAACCAUUUUCAAUCACAGAAUCUUCGCGACAUCUUGGACCAGCUGUCAAGCAAUUGGCUCCUCCUAAUUUGCAAAAUCCACUAAUAGAGAGCAAGGUCGUUGCUGGAAUCAAUGUAGUUUCACCAUCUAUUCAGUUGAAACGAACUUUAGGUUCGAAGCAGCGUGACGUCUGGAAAACUUGGUUGAGCUUUCGUCACGUUGUUGGAAAGAUGAUAUAUGCUACAGCACUAGGCUGCAUCUUGGUUGUUCUGUUUAAGCUAGUGAACGUGAAAAUGUGGAUACCACGAAAUGGAUCCAGAUGGAGAAUGGAUGGACAAAGUUCUCAUGUGGGCUUCAGAUACGCUGAUGCAAAACUUAAGCAAAGUGGUAUUUCAAGAAACAUCAGGAAAGUCCUUUCGCUUCUGAAAAAUCAGUUGGAGGAGCAACCAGAAUCUGCAGUUUUGCAAACUGCUUCCCUAUCUUCUGGUCUUUCUACUUCAAUAACGUAUAAGCAGCCAAUGCCUGUUGAAGUUGCUGAGGCCCUUGUCAAGCAAUGGCAAACAAUUAAAGCAGAAGCACUUGGGCCUAAUCAUUAUAUUGUUGGACUGGUUGAUAUCCUUGAAGGAUCAAUGCUAGUUCAGUGGCAAGAAUUGGCCAAUGCAGCAAAGGCAAGGUCAUGCUUUUGGAGGUUUGUUCUGCUGCAGUUGACAAUUCUGAACGCAAACAUUUUGAAGGAUGCGACAGGAAAUGAAAUGGCAGAGAUUGAAGUUUUGUUGGAGGAAGCAGCUGAACUGGUCGGUGAAUCCCAACCUAAAAACCCAACUUACUACAGUCCUUAUAAAAUUCGUUAUCUUCUGAAGAGGCAAGAUGAUGGAUCGUGGAGGUUCUCUGAUGGUGAUAUCCUUGCUCCCUCGUGA